ACGCCGACUUCCGGCGGAAGGGAAAGUGAGUUCCGCUCUCCGGCUGAGUGUGCUUCGGCUCCCUUGUGAAAGCUUGCUUAUCUGAGAGGGCACACUUCAAAGGACGGUGAUGGCUUUUGAGCAGACACUCGAAAAGGAUUUGUACAGCAUUCUGGGGGCAGACCCGUCUGCAAAUGCGUCAGACCUAAAACAAAAGUAUCAGAAACUCAUAUUACUGUAUCAUCCAGAUAAACAAAGCACAGAUGUGCCAGCAGAAACCAUGGAGGAAUGUUUGCAGAAGUUCAUUGAAAUUGAUCAGGCAUGGAAAAUUCUAGGGAAUGAAGAAACCAAAAAAAUGUAUGACCUGCAGCGGCAUGAAGCUGAGCUACGAAGUAUGGGGCCAGUAGAUGCACAGGUGUACCUUGAAGAAAUGUCCUGGAACAAAGAUGAUGAGUCUUUCUUUCUGACUUGCCGAUGUGGUGGAAAAUAUACUGUCUCCAAGGAUGAAGUAGAAGAAGUGAACCUGGUUUCCUGUGAUACGUGCUCACUGAUUCUAGAACUCCUUCAUCAGCGCUGAACUGUGCAUUACUGGGAUCCUUUAACUACAGUCAGCAUGGUCCAGAGGCCACUCGGUUUCAAGGAGACAGAUGCUUUCUUCCUAGCUGUAUAAUUUACAAACAUAAGAUCGUCAAGAAAAUACUACUUCAGAUUAACAAAUUAAGGAUAUUACGAAAAGGAUUUCUGGAUUUUCAUCUGACAACUUUUGUUUUCUCCUUGGUACAAGAAGUAUUUCUUAUUUUUAUAUAGUUGACAGUUUUUAAAGUUUAUUCUUUAUAGUUACUAAGGUUUUUGUUUUAAUCUGUAGUGUGUCGGGGGCACAGGACAAUAACUGAGACUCUGAGGAGUUGAUUUUUCUCUUCUUCCCCCAUUGGGUCCCAGGGGUCAAAUUUAGGUCCUCAUGCUUGUGUAAGUGUCUUUACUUGCUGAACCAUCUUGCUGUCCCUAAUUAUGAAGUUGAUGUAAAAGAUGAUGUUUUUAGUUACUAAAGGCAUAUGCCUAUUGCACACCUGUUUCAAAUUCUCAGGCACUUGAAUAAGAUUAGGAUUUUGUGAACAAAGUGUGAGCCUGGCUCUGCCAUAAACAAGGCUGCAUAUAGAUGGCUACAGAUGUAUUUCCAAGCUGCACAAGAGGACCACGUGUUAGGAAAUGUGACUCUAGUCCUGACCCUAGAUGUCUGAAGCUUGUUAGCAGCUUAACUUCAGAUGUAAUUUAGGAAGAGAAAAUUAAACUUGAAAUUCAGAUUUUCCUUUUUUUUUUUUUUUCCCCCGAGACAGGGUUUCUCUGUAUUGUUUUGGAGACUGUCCUGGAACUCACUCUAUAGACCAGGCUGGCCUCGAACUCACAAAAAUCCGCCUGCCUCUGCCUCCUGAGUACUGAGAUUAAAGGCAUGUGCCACCAACGCCUGGCUCAGAUUUUACGUUUUAUUUAAUUGCCUCCCUUUACUAAGGAGCCAUUCAUUUUAUUAUGGUGUGGUGAAGUUGCUCUUAUAAUGAAAGACUACUGACUACAAAAGACCGUACACAUCAUACACCGCAUGACCUCUUUGUAUGUAACAUUUUGUUUACAGUGUAGGCCAGGGACUCUAUGGAGCACCUCUAAUCUAUGUCUAACUGUUGCUGUUGUCGGAAGAGCACAAACUAGGAAUGCUUAGUUCCAGCCUUUUGUGAGGAUGGACAGCUGCUACCUGAGACACACUUGAGAACAAACUGCUUUCAUUAUAAGGCACCACCAAAAUUCAGAUGUAACACAGUCAUCGAGAUUUCUCUUCCAAAAUAUUUUUAUAUAUAAAAUUUAGAAAGAAAACUUGUUUGGAAUUUUUAUCCAAAUACUUUUAAUUAAUGUAUAUUGCAGAAUGUGAUGUUUAUGCUUAAAUUUAAUUAGAAACAAAUAAAAUUGAGUAGCAAAUAGUUUAUUGAUAAAUUCAUGGUUUCAACCGCAGUAAUAAAUUCAUAUGAAUAGAAGACAAUAAUCAAGUCAAAAAAGUAAAUGCUUGCUAAUCAUCAGAAAAUCUGUGGCCAUUUGGGCUGUCACGCAGAAAUCCAAAAUCCCGGAAAGGCCAAAUCUGCAAAAUGAAAAUACAAUUGAUGGCAAUUAAUGAAAAUUCUUUAUCAUCAUGACAUUUUAUGUAUCAGGACAUUUUCUUUUCCUGUUCUCUCUGUUAGAUAAUACAGUGCAUUCUCUUUAUCAAUUACUCUGAAAAUAAACUUGUGUAUGUAGCCUGGGACAUUCAAAUAUGAUACCAGAAAAUAUGUUUGUUUAAUAUAUCUAUAUAUGUUUGUGAAAACCUGUCUUCAUUUACAUACCAAUCUAUGGUACUUGAUACUUUAAGUUGCUUAAAUAUGGCAUCUGUUGAACAGUAUACAGUUGCCCUUAAGUACUUUUUCUUCUUAAGCCUUUUGAUAAAAGGGAAGCAGGUGUGGUGACGCACACCUGUAAUCCACACGUAUGAGACAGAGACAGGAGGGUGGAGAAUUUAAGGCCAGCCGGGACUACAGAAUGAGGCUCUGUUUCAAAACAAAAUUAUAUCAACCAAUAAAAAUGACAAUGUCAUCCAAGGCUUGAACAUUCACUACAGCCAUAUGCCCACGAUUCGCUAGCUGUAUCUGAUUGGAUUCGCCUGCAUUCCAAGUAGAAGUGCUUGCUACAGUGCCAGGAUAUGACUAUGACUAUAAAAGAGACACAUAGCAGAAUAUGAUUUCUAUAAACUCAUAGGCUCCCUAAGCUACUACUGGUUUAGUUUGAAUUUUAUUAUAAAAACUUCUCUUAUUCCCCAUAAGAGCAGGGACUGGAGGGGAUAAUUUUUUGUCUUUGGCUCCUAAGUAAAGGUAAAAUGUUCAUCAAAUGCCGUCACUGUACCAAUUAAGUCAACUUGGCAACCCAUGGGUUUCAAAAUUCAAUUUGAGAACCAUCUCCCAACUCAGAGAAAAAGCUGGCAUUUUAGGCAUUAAAGCAUACCUUAAAGAAGAUCCGCCCUCGUAUUAGUCCAUAUGGUAUAGGCCCGUAGUACCUGGAGUCUGUAGAAUUCUGUAAGUUAUCACCUUCUAACCAAACAUGACCUGUUGGCACCUGGGAUUAGUAAAGACAAGCAGGUCCUUUUAGAAACAAGAAAACCUCCACAGAAGACUGCCAGUAAAAAUAUGUCUCUUAAGGGCCAGCCUUAUAGUACUUACCUAGAAUCCCCACACUCAGGAGACUGAAGUGGGGGAUCAUGAAAUAAAAGCCAGCCUGGCUACACAAACACUGUAAGAAAGAAAGACUUCAUUUGGACAGAGCAUAUGUCCUAAAGUCUUCCUUUAUUCGUGUCAUAAGAAUGGCUACUUUUUGUUUUCAUUUCUUACUAAAUAACUAACUAAAUAUCAAAGGGUUUCACAUUUUUAAAAGAUCUCUUUAUUAUACAGUUCCCAAACAUUAAUUUGUCAAAACCCCAAACUAAGGUUGUAAGAAAUCAAAACACUGUGGCAGUGUCAUUAAUUUAAUAGACUUCAAAAGAGGUCAUUAGGCUGCUGACUGAAAAUGUGCCCUCUUGUUGUAAUAACAGCCUAAGCAGAGCAGCCAGUCAGCAACAUCCUGGGGCCAGUUCUAAGGCCAGACCUAUUAGAACACUCAUGAUGAACUAAGUGGUAAUGGAUUGUGACAUCAAUUACGGAUAAUCUCAUCAUUUUAUUGCAGUGGGCUUGUCAGAGUUCUAAUUAAGACCCCUGUCCUGCCUUUGUACAGGCCAUAUCGUCAUUGCCUUAUAUGUUGAUAAUGACCAUCAAGAACCAGAAGGACCUAUUAUAAAACCAUCAGUUGCAAAUUAAUGACAGUGACCUUCUACUAGAUGAAAAGAAAAAUCCUCUGUAUUAACUGGUUAAAAGUUUUAAGUGUUUACUCAAUUGCAAUCCCUUUAGGAAGGUGAUAGUUUUCAAAAAAUGAAUUCCUCUUAUAUGAGACAAUCCCCCCAUCCAAUAUAAACUUAGAAGGUACUUUCUGGCAGCAAUCUGUACAUUAUCUUUUUAUGUUUUUAUUUUACAGUUUUUGUGAUGCAGGAAAAGUUGGUUCAUUGACCAGACCAAAACAAUCUAUUGGGAUCAUUAAAUUAUUUUUGGCAAGGCUUAAUAGGGCAUACUAUAAUUUUACUGUUUUGUAUUACAAUUUUCUUUUUGUAUAGUCUUACAGGCAUUUAAAUUUUAAGUUCAUUUUCCUAAGAUUAUAUUUCUGGGAUAGAUAUCUUGAUUAGAGGAACUAGUUUCGGGUGAUAGAGCUGAUAACAUGUCUAGUGACUACCUAUAUCAUAAACUGACAGAGAGGUAGGGAAGUAUAAGGUGUUCAAAUAGAAAAGCAAGUAUAUAUUAAGUCAUGUGCAAAAUGAACACUGAAAUCUGGAAAAGCCAAGUCUACCUAUCAUAUUCUGAAGUUUCACUUCCAGAGAAGAUGCAUAAUAAAGAACUCUUGUAUUUAUAUUUCUAUGUUUGUUGCUGGAUCCUAAAAUGAGUAAGGGACACCAGUAAGAACAAAAAAAAGCUGCUUUACAAAUAGGGUAAUAAACUAACAGUCUUGGGAGAUUGCUACCAGAUAAGGCCCCAUGGCAUUACAUUCCAGCUUGCCUGCCUAUGCCAAAAACUCUUUUUAAGUUUUUUGGGCACUAGUCAUAUUAUACCAACCUUGCUUGGGGUACUUGAUUAAAACAACAUCCUACUUUCAUGUUCUUUUUGUUGUUUUGAGACAUUGUCUCAUGUAGUCUGGCCUCAAACUGUAGCCAAGAGGAUGGCCUUGAACUCCUAAUUUUCCUGUUUCCAUCUCCAGUUCUGGGAUUGUAGGUAUGCAUCACCAUGCCUGAUUUUCUGUGGUGCUGGGGACUGAACCCAGGGAUACUGUAUUCUAGGCAAUCACUCUACCAACUGACCUACCUCUCCAGACUGCUUUUGUGUAUCUCUUUUUACUGUUUUUAUGGCAAAAUAAACAAGUAGAUAUUAAUGCUAUGAUUUUAUUUUUUAUUACUUUGUAUUACCAUUGUCAUUAAACUUUUGGUAAACCAAUGGUAAGAAAUAGUACUUCUGUAUUUUUAUUUAUUUUUGUCUUGGUUUCAAAAUUGAGUUUGUGUGUGUGUGUGUGUGUGUGUGUGUGUGUGUGUGUGUGUGUGUGUGUAUGCGUGCGUGUGUGUGUGUGUGUACAUGCCAAGAAGUGCCUAUGGAGGUUGAAAGAUAACUUGAAAAAGUUAGUGCUCCUUUUCCACCUUGUAGAUUCAAGAAUUGAGCUCAGGUCAUUGCAUCAGGCUGGAGAAAAUACCUUUACCUGCUGAGCCAUCUCCACUCUGCAAUUUUGAGUGAGGCCAAAUCUCUUUUUAUUUAGAAGACAAUGUAAGGUCUAGGGAUACAGCUUAGUGGCAGAGUUCUGUCUACCAUAUAUGAGUCACUGCAUUCAUUCCCCAACACCUCCAUCUUCCAAAAAACAAGCCAAGCAAACAAAAAAAUCCAAAACCUGCUUCACUAUGUCACUGCUACUACUACAGUGUUUUACUACAUCGCUUUGGUUUAACUGGCAAAAGGUUAGUCUCUACAUUUGUUUUCUGAAUAUAUUCCAUUAAGGUCAGCAGAGUGUUUGCACCUGCUUUGCAUACAAUGGUCCUUAUAAUCUCAACUUUCCUAUCAACCUCCAAGUGGUUCUUAUGUAAUAUAAUAUAGACUUUCUAUAAAGUGGGCAAUACUCUCUCACAACCUAUUUGUAUUUUUUAUAUUAUGUUUGACAUGAUUAUGGAAUUUAUACAUUAAAUAUUUACCUUUUA